CUAGAGCAGACUCCGGAAUUUGCUAGCAUCUUCAAGAACAAUAGUGAAUAUUUUUCAAGGGAGCUGUCGUGUAUCAUCCAGUCAUUACAAUUUUCUUCUAGUUUUCUUUCAAACUUAAAUGCUGUCUCUAACUUUAAGAAUCCUUGGAUAGAAGAAAAGUACCAAACUCUGACAACCAUCUCUAAGGAUCUUCCCCAGAGUAAUGCAACGUGCCCAAUAUCAGUCUUUCAGAAUAUGGAUAGUGUAUUUAAAUCUUAUCCUUUAAACAUUUUGAUUCCUAUUAUUUUGAAUGAAACUGACUUGAAGUCACCAAAUUUCUCUGGCAGUUCAUUGGACUGGAAUAGGUGGCCUUUGUCUACUGCCAGUCUACUGCCAACUGUUCCCCAGUGGAAUGCCAGUAUAUAUGAAUUGGUACAGAUGGUCCAAAAUGGCUCCAACCAGCGUGAAUCGAAACAUUUCUCAAGAGUCUGGAAGAGCAUUGGCAAUCUGAUGAUUACCAAAUGGAACUUGACAGAAGUGGAUUCCAGUAUGAAACUAUUGGAAAUGUUGAAAAAAACUCUCAAUGUUGUUGACAUUGGAUUAGUGCCCAGAAAAGCAAAAGCAGAUCAGUUCCUUCAUAACUCUAGCCUGGGAAUGAAACCCUCAGAUUUGGAAGGUAUAUUUAGUUUGUUAAAACUCUUCCUCAACUCAACUUCUGCCGCAAACUACAAACCUGACUUGGAGAGGAUGUUUAAAAGAUUUGCCCCACCAAAUGAGAUCCCCGCUGAAAGACUUUUUUAUACUAAUCCCUAUUCAGAGGAAACACAACGUUUUUUAAACUUAACUAGAGUAAUUUGGUAUAAACUCAUUUUAAAUAAAGAGCUUUUAUCCCUCCAAAAACUCCUUGCUACCAUGGCAAAGGUGAACAUAACUCAGCAUUAUCUAUUGAUCUCUUCCCUGCCUAAACUAAUGCAGCAUAUUCAAAAUUCCACUGAUGGAGCUCAGUGGAAUGAUCUCAACAGCUACUGGCACAUUGCUGAAAUACUGCAGUCCAUGAAGUGGAGCAGCACCAAUGUGAUUGCCUACAAGUCACUUUUAGAUGCAUUGCAAAAACAUUUACAUACAGUGAAAAAAGGCUCAGGUCUCUUUUUUAGUAACGAAUUGGAGCAGUUGAUAAAACUUGCAUCCCAAGAGUAUGGUGGAGAAGACGCAAGAGAAGCCAAUGUCUCAAAAUAUUUGCAAGCAGUACAAAGGAGUAUAUUCAUUAUAAACGACUUGCAACAAAAGUUUAAUAUCAGUGACUUGGAAACUAUUAAUCAGUGGAUGAAUUUUGACAAUUACUCCACCCAGAGAUUGCUUGAAAUAUUGAGGGUGGGAAUGAAAAUCCUUUCUGAUGCCAGAUUGAGCGAAGCAUCCAAUAAAGAAAAAAUUAAUGCUGUCUAUAAUUUCUCACACCUGCUACUUCAAAAGGAAUUUAACAAGACUUCCUUACAGCACAAUACUUCAUUAGAAGCAAAAGUGUUGGAUUUCUUGCAUUUAGCCUUGAGUCCCUUCCUGAAGGAAGGUAACAAUGACAAUGAAAAGCCACAGAACUGCUCUGUCCAUGACAUUUUUUACAUAACACUUCAGAUGCUAUUUAAAAAAGCCACUCUAAGCGAGUCCUUACCAGGAAGCCAUUGCAAAUUCCUGUUUGCUUCCAUGGACAUUCAGACCAGAACAAUGGAAAAUCAAACAUUUACUGAAUUGUUUCAGCUUGCAAUAAGAAACCUAGAGCAGACUCCGGAAUUUGCUAGCAUCUUCAAGAACAAUAGUGAAUAUUUUUCAAGGGAGCUGUCGUGUAUCAUCCAGUCA